GCGGGGCGGGUCCAGCAGCGGGGGCGCAGUCUCCGGGCGACGUGCGGCGGACGCACCGGGCCGGGGGCUGCGGUGGGACCCGGCGGGCGCCAUGGACCUGCUGUCGGCGCUGAGCCUAGGCGAGCUGGCGCUCAGCUUCUCGCGGGUGCCGCUCUUCCCCGUCUUCGACCUCAGCUACUUCAUCGUCUCCAUUCUCUACCUCAAAUAUGAGCCAGGAGCAGUUGAGCUGUCCCGGCGCCACCCCAUGGCGUCUUGGCUGUGCGCCAUGCUGCACUGCUUCGGGAGUUACAUCCUGGCUGAUCUGCUCCUCGGGGAGCCCCUGAUCGACUGCUUUGGCAACAACUCCAGCAUCCUGCUGGCCUCAGCUGUCUGGUACUUGGUUUUCUUCUGCCCCCUGGACCUCUUUUACAAGUGUGUCUGCUUCCUGCCGGUGAAACUCAUCUUUGUGGCCAUGAAGGAGGUGGUGAGAGUCCGCAAGAUUGCCGUGGGCAUCCAUCACGCACAUCACCACUACCACCACGGGUGGUUUGUCAUGAUCGCCACCGGCUGGGUCAAAGGUUCUGGCGUCGCCCUCAUGUCCAACUUUGAGCAGCUGCUCCGAGGGGUCUGGAAGCCAGAGACCAACGAGAUCCUGCACAUGUCCUUCCCCACCAAGGCCAGCCUGUACGGAGCCGUCCUCUUCACCCUCCAGCAGACCCGCUGGCUCCCGCUGUCCAAAGCCAGCCUCAUCUUCGUCUUCACCCUGUUCAUGGUGUCCUGCAAGGUGUUCCUGACAGCCACUCACUCUCACAGCUCCCCUUUUGAUGUUCUGGAGGGCUACGUCUGCCCUGUGCUGUUCGGGAUGGCCUGGGGGGGCGACCAUCACCACGACAACCACGGUGGGUCCCUCAGCGGCGGUGGGCCCAGCUCCGCGCACUCAGCCUUGCCCACCAAGUCCAAGGAGGAGCUGAGCGAGGGCUCCAGGAAAAAGAAGACCAAGAAGACAGAUUAGGAGGCACCUUGGGGGCCUGCAGGAGGCCAGAGAGAGGACCCAGACCCGGGACCCACAGAGCCGGAAGGGGGGUAUCCUGGGCUCAGCUCUCCCUCUCUGGGCCUCAGCUUCCCUGUCUGCAAACUGGGGCCAUCAGCCCAGCCUCCAGGGCUGAUGUCAGGGGUUAGGUGAGAUGUGGGGGGUGAAGCGUGUUUGUAGGAAUGGUGGAGUCCCUCUCUUUCCUGGCCAGGCCCCCAUAGUGUCACAGCUUUUUGGAGGGCCCACAGAAUCCCGGCAGCAGCUCCAGCCAGAAACCUAAGCAUUUAUAUUAUUUCCUCUCUGAAAUUACAUCUUGACUGUGAAAGAAUUUCAAGCCACGUGGAGACUCGUUCAUUUGACCAGCAUUUCCUGAGUACUUGUGCUCCUCUGUAUGCGGGCUGCUGCGAGGCGACGUCGUGGCCGGAGCAGCUCACAGCACCGUGCGGGCAGGAGGGAUGCUCCUUGUGCUGAAGAACGGCUUUGCAUUGUAGAGCGUUUGUGUGUGUGGAUCAGAGGACCCCACAAGUUCCCUGGCACAAAGGAGGCCUUCAGUAGACAUGGCCAGGCCAGAUUUGCGAGCGUGGAGGGUGGGAAGGCUUCUGAUCCUCGGCUUCAGGCUGCCCCUAAACCAAAGAAAUGCAGCCGGCUGCAGACUCCAAGACGCAGCUCUGGAAGCAUCAGGCCUCUCUCAUGCUGGUGCCCCUCGUCACUGCUCAUUCAGUCAUUCAACAAAUAUACUGCUGCCCACUCAGUGCCAAGCCUUGUGCUGCUGCUGCUGGCCGGGCUGGGACUUGGGUCAGGGUGAGCGAGGGGGAUGGUAGCUGAGGGCCCCACCUGGCCAUCUUCAUCUCAGCCUAGGUCAGCAGGACGUCUGAGACAGGUGGGUGGGUUGGGCACGGCCAGUCUCAGGCUUAGAGCUGUCCUCUGCACACGGGUGCUCAGGGCAUCAGCCUACAGCUGCGUCGAGAUUGGCGCAGGAUUGGCAGGGGUCCCAGGUGUUGCACAGCUGUUUGGAAAGUGCCUCAAUCCAUUGAUACCUGGGAGGUGAGUGGCUCCUGAGCCUGUAAGGCCCCCAAAUUCAUCCUCUUGCAUGUCCAUCGAGGCUGGGCGUGAAGGUUCAGCUAAUAAAUCUGUUGUGAAAGA